AGGAAGGUGAGCAGAUCUGCGAUUUCUACUGAAAUUACUUCUAUUUUGUUUUCCCGGAAUCGGCGAAAGUUGAUAGUCGAAGGACUUUCAAAUCACUUUUCCGAGUCUUCAUGUGAAUAUUUUUCUUUCUUAUAUUAAUUUGGAAGGAUUCUCAAGAUGUUUGCUGAUGAAGACAUACCUGAAAAAUGGCUGGAAAAUGGACUGCAAAAGAAAAUACCUAUUGAAAGAGCUUCCGUCAAUGAUAAAAUGUAUUUCUUGAAAUAUUUAUUUAUUUACAUCCUUGUGCAAUAUUUUUUAAAUUGUGUGAUGACUGGAUACUUAAUGUUUACACCACUACUCAGGUUUCAUUUUAAUGAAAACAACAUGUAUUUGAUGUCUGUGUUUAUCAUCUUUGCCUUGACGUAUAGCUUACUCAUUUUCCUGUCAUUGAAAUUGCACCAUCACGUCAAAUGGUGGCAUCAUAUUGCACUCUUUUUGCAUAUGAUUUCUCAGGCAAUCACAGUAUCAAUAUUGGUUGCUGUGUAUGAGUGGCUGAGUGUGUUAUCUACAUAUUUAUUUCUCUCAGUGGCAUUUAGCAUCUUGUUCUUAUUCACUCUGCAAAGAAGAAUGGAGUACAAAUAUUGGGCUGUGAUGUAUGUAUUGAAAAACCAUUUCCACUCUUAUAUUUUUGACUAG